AUCACCAUCUCUCUCUCUCUCUCUCUCUCUCUCUCUCUCUCUCUCUCUAUUUAUAUAUUUAAGGUCCAAGCGUUUUUCAUCUGUGAUAGAUGCAACUCUCUCUUUUUCUUCCCCAAACUUCCUCUUCUUCCUUGGAGAGCAUGGAUUUUCCAGAGGAAGUCAUGGGGAACACCACCCAACCUGAUACUACUCAUAUCGUCAAAGGCAAGCGAUCCAAGCGCCAGCGUCUUCUCCUCCAGGUCCCAAGUUCAUCGAGCGUUGUGGCUGAUAGCAACGAAGACACCCAUCUCCCAUCACCCACCACCUCAGCCGAACAUUCCGAAGCCACCACCGAAGAAGAGGAAGACAUGGCCAAUUGCCUAAUUCUUUUAGCUCAAGGACAAACACGAGACCGCCCACAAUUCGAAGAUAACAGAACAGAGGCUGCCACCGCCGUUAUUCCUACCCCGAUCGGCAACGGAGGUUUCUAUGUUUAUGAGUGCAAGACGUGCAACCGAUGUUUCCCUUCCUUCCAAGCUCUCGGCGGUCAUAGAGCGAGCCACAAACGACCUAAGACAUUAGAAGAUAAGAAGCCGUUGGAGGAUAACCGAAUUGAAAACCCGCUCUCUCAUAAACCAAUUCCAUCUAACAAGUCAAGGGUCCAUGAAUGCUCUAUAUGUGGGUCCGAAUUCUCAUCAGGCCAGGCUUUGGGUGGUCACAUGAGACGGCAUAGGACUGCUUCCAUGGCCGAAGCUCAAGAAAGCAGGAAACAAAGAAGCAUCCUAGAGUUGGAUCUAAACCUUCCUGCACCUGAAGAAGAUGGUGGCUUUGUGAAAUCGCCUAAUGGGUUCCGGUUCACCGGAAAACAUCCACUCGUUUUGACAGCCCCAGCUCUUGUUGAUUGCCAUUACUAAGAUUUCUGAAUUGGGAUUUCAUGUGAAUUAUUAUUAUUAUUACCAUUUCAUUGUUGUUAUUGUUGAUGCUGCUGUUGUUAUUGAUACUAUCAUUCAUUCUUUAAA